GUUUGAUUUAGCUGACGACAGCACCGCCGCUGCUCAUUUCAUUCGAAGCAAACAUGGUCGCUGAACACAAGCAUUUACUACUGUACGGCAUGGAAUCUAAGCACUUUGUUUUCCAAGCAGUUUUCAAGUACAAAGAAAAUGUCUCUAAAUAUGCUGUUCUUAUGAUUUGAAUUAAUGCUACACAUGGAAUAUGGAUUUAGAUGCGUUACUUUGUGAGCAUGAAGCCGUUGCUAUUGACAAUCCCUGUCCAGAAAGAUGCAUCAAACUCCUGCAGCUUUGGAAGUCUAUUUUCAGCAUGAAGGAAGAGGUGUUUAAUUUCACUUCUGUGAAAAGAUGUUUUCUAUUUAAGAGUGUUCUAGAUUCCUUGAAUCCCCGUGCUUGCACAAGUCUCAAAGGAAAUGACCACAAAUAUUGCAAUGCAGCAAGAAACUGCCAGCUUCUUGUGUUGUCUUUCAUAAAUAUUGGGCUUGAACAGCUUGAAAAUUUUUCUUUGAAUCCGAAGCAUGCCAACAACUGUGAUUUUGCUAAAGAAUGCAGUAAUGAUUACAAAGACAGCCUCUCUGAAAAUCAAAGAGCAUGUACUGCAGAAAGGUGUUAUCUGGACACACAAAAUGCAAUACUGAUUACCUUGCAUUUGAUAAAACGAUCAGACUGUUUUGUGACCUACAAAUCAUUAGCUGUUUUCUCAAAAUGGUUUAACUUGUAUCCUGACUCUUUAACACAGCAUCUUGACGUUAUCAAGACCACAUUUAGCUACUUGCUUGAUAGAAGAAAGACUGAGUUUUAUGGUAUUGUCUCAAGCCUAUUAAAAUUAAUGAGAAAGGAGAUGCAAGUGGAUAUUGAGCAGAUAAAUUUCAUGACUAUGAAGAAGAUAACGUCUCAGAUCAGGCUCAUUACUGCCAUCUUGAAAGUUACCAGUUUCCCAGCAAAAUCAGAAUCAAGCUGUCUAACCUCUUUUCAUAAUGAAACUGAAGAUGAUGUAGAGAACAUCAACAAACUGAGAGCUAUCCAGCAGGCAAAAAAACUUGCAAAAGUCUCUUAUGAAAAGAGGCAGAUUCUCAAAAUGCAAGUCCUUGAAUAUUCCAAAACAGAGCUUAUUGGUGAAAUCGAAAUUCUAUUGUCAGAAGUUUAUCAUGUCUUGAAAAGUAAUGAACCAAUUUGGGAGGAUUUAUUCAUAUCAAUGGAAAUAAACUCUUUUCAGUCCUUUAUCAGACUUAGGAUUUUACUCCAUGAUUUGGAUAAUUGCAGCUGUCCAUCUUUUGAGAUGAAAAUCCUUGGUCUAAGAAUUGUUAAGUCUUUCUUAGAGAUGAAAUUGGAUAGAUUUCUUUCCAGUGAUUUUCAUAGAGUACACGGAUUUGGAGGGACUUCUUUUGAAAAGGAUUCAGCUUGUAGAGGAUAUGAUAUUUUAAAUUGCGCUGAUGGUUAUAAUAGUUGGACAUUUGCAAACACUAGGAUGCUUGUAUUGAUAACAUUAAAAAGUUUUUUGGUUGUUCUUGAAUCAGAAGAGCAAGAUGGUUUAUCUGUUUCUGGUUCACCUGUCUUCGCCAUUGACAACUCUUGUCGGCUCUUUGAACAAAUUGCAUUGUUGCUUCUUAAUGUCAAACAAAUAGAAAGCAAGCAGUUACUGCUUCAACAAUUUCCAAGCCUCUUAGUUAACCUGAUGAUGGAUGAAGACGAUCAGCUUUGUGAAGCAGUUUUUCUCCUACUUAAGAUUUGCAGAAGACUUACUGAAGGAAGCAACAGCUCUAGGAACAGUCUUAGACCCAACGACUUGAAAUCCAGUAUUGCCAAUUUCUUGCCACAUGAGCUGUUCUAUUGUCUACUGGAGGCACUGUCUUUUGAUCAUAUGGUUUGCAUUGAUUGGUUAAUUUGCAAUGAAACCUGCUUCUGUGAAGCAUUAGUGCUCUAUCUGGAAACAAUUUUAUCCAGCUUCAAAUAUUUCGUGAUUUCUCUCAGUUACCACGAGGGUUGUAUGACGAGAAGAAAUGAAUCUAAUGAAGAAUUUUGCUUUGGUUUUGGAACAAGAAUUUUCAAUGAUGAAUAUCUAGAAAAAGAUCUUCCAGUUUAUCAGCAUGGUAAUGCCACGAGUUCCUCGAAUGAAAUUCGGUCAAAGGAACAUUCUGUUCAUCCAAGUAAGCUGUUAGAACAAAACUACCCAUUUUGUCCCAUAGAAGACACCAUAGAAGGCAGUAAUUCUAAAUCUGAAAAUCUUGGCCAAAGGAACCAGGAAGUUGAAGCUCUUAAAGAAAUGAAAGUUGGAAAUCUAAAAGAAAGUCGAUGGAUUUCUUUUUGCACAUCGAAUGCAAAAAUCGCUGACAGAGACACUGAAUAUACAGAAGAGCUUUGCAAAGAGAUAGAAUCAAAGUCAGAUGAAAAAUUGAUAUCCCUGGUAGACUACGGGAGCUCAGACUCCGAAGAUGAAUCUUCUAGUAUCGCUAAUACUACUGCUAUUGUCUCGCAGCAGAUGGUCGAAGAUUCUGUAAGGAUUGUCAAUAAAAAUAAUCUUGUUUGCUGUAGCAGUCUUGAGACUGGUGAUGCUGAUAACAAAGGACGUUGUGAAAUAACCAUGUGCAAAACAGACGAGUGGGAGGAAAGAAAAGCUGGUAAAAAGUUAGAAAAUAUUAUGGAUUUAUUUGUUCGCUUGCGUCUGAAGCUUGAAAGAAUAUCUGGAAACAUGUUGUCUGAGAAGAAUUUCAAUGAUGUAAUCACCUUGUUGGUCGAUGUGGAGGAUUUGUACGAUUAUGAGUCAACCUGAACGUGAGUCUUUAAUGCUGUUGAUCUUCCAUUUUGCUAUGUUAUUGGGUUUGGAGAUGCUUAAAAAUAAGGAAACAAUUUACUAUUCCAAGGACUGUAUACCUGCAAAUUGCCUUGCAUGAAUAAAAUCGAACUCCCUAUUUAUCAACCAAAGUGUCAUGCCUUUAUUCGUUGCACCGGCCUUUGGUUGUAAUUGCAAUGAUAUUGCAUUGUUCGCUUAUUGAAGAAUUCAUUGAAGUUCAAUACCUACGUCACCUCAUGCAAAGAUGAUGUUAAUAUUUCUUACUAUUUAAGACUGAAAAGUAUAAGGGUUUUUAUUUCUCAACAUUAUCGAUUCCUGUGAUCCGAAUAUAUGAAUUAACAAAUAUCCUGUACUGGCCAUGUCUAAAUACUAACUGGCAUUUUCAAUCUGUUUGCACGCAAUACAUAUUUAUGCAUGCGCAUCACCCCCGAAAGUAUUGCAGUCCUUCUAAGGCAAUAUCUUGCGUGUUACACUGCAGCUGAAAAGACUGACGGAUGUUUUUUGGGAAAAUUGCAUCUGACUCUGAGUGGAAACUGCCCCAGAAACCUUUUCGGCAAACUUCUAAGGCAUGUCCUUCUAAGGCAAUAUCUUGCGUGUUUCACAGUGGCUGAAAAGACUGACGGAUGUUUUUUGGUAAAAUUGCAUCUGACUCAGAGUGGAAACUGCCCCAGAAACCUUUUCGGCAAACUUCUAAGAUAUGUCCUUCUAAGGCAAUAUCUUGCGUGUUUCACAGUGGCUGAAAAGACUGACGGAUGUUUUUUGGGAAAAUUGCAUCUGACUCUGAGUGGAAACUGCCCCAGAAACCUUUUCAGCAAACUUUGCCACAUCAAAGUCAGCCGCUUUCAGCCUCCACGUUCUUAAAUUGAACAACAUACUUCAGAUUCUUCAGUGUUUGUUUAGCUCAUGGCUUUUCGGGACAAGUGAAUCCUCACUGUUUGUGUGGCCCGGUAGAGAUACUAAUAUGGUCUACAAAUGGUUGUCAAAAUAUAUUUUAUUGCUUUCAAAAACCAAAUCGACGCAUUUACACUUUAAUUCAAAAGCCAUGAUGCCGGCUAGUUUACCUCAUAUGAAAUAGGGCUGUGUCGACUUUUAUGCUAAAGAGAUUUGGGGGAAACUCUUAACCCUUAAAAAUUGAUGAAAAUUCAUUGUCUCUAAUGAGUUAUCUCUUUUAUUCCUGCCUUCUCAAGUAAUUGUGCUUCUCCAUUAAAUUUCUUACGACACUGUAGUCAUUCGGUUUGUCGGUUACUUUCGUUGGAAAUUUGCAUAGUUCAUCAUUCUUCAGUGAGAUGCAGCCGUUGUUUCAAAGAUCAAUCAUAUUUCCUAUCCAUUUCUUGAGUCUAUAGAAUCAAAUGCUGCAUGCAAAAUACGAAAUCAGAGCAAGAAAGUAAUUGAGUUUGCCUUAGAAUUGGAUUCGAAGGAGACCUUUUCUGCAGAAGCUUGCUUAUUCGGAUUUCCCAGUACUUCAUUAAGCUGGCUUAUCGAAAUUAAGGCCCUUAAAAAGAUUAAUUUAAUUGAAAAGAGUUACAAUGUUCUAUGACUCUGAAACCUUUGGAGUUAAAAUGCCAGAAGACAGAUCUCUAAUCGCGGUCUGCUCUGCAAAUCAAAUGUUUUUCUCGAUGAUGAAUCUAGUUAAGGUCUCAAGGAGCCAAUGACUGCAGGGUUUUAAAAACUCCCGCACUUUUACAUGAGAGAUUUUGCUCCAGCAAUCACCGAGAAUUGAAAGUCGUCAAUCCGAUCAUCAAAGAGAAUCAAAUCUCAUUUCUUUUUCAAUACUAAUAUUUCAUUGACAAACGAAUAUUGAGAUAGAUACAUCAUUCAGUAGAGUUUUAUUCUGUAAAGUUCGACUUGUUUUUAUUUCAAUGAACGUUUUAUUAACUGGCUUGGAAGCGGUGUAAUUACGAUAAAUAAAAUUGGAAAAUUCAGCCACUCACACCAUAAACAGAGCAACUUUGAUUUACAAAGACCGGCGAUGAAGUGCCUUGACUUCAACGGCUGUAACCAAGAACACAAAAUUGGAUUCUUUAUCAUUUAUUGAUAGCUUUUGUGUAGGUAUCCUUUCUCUUGUGCUUUGUUCUUUGUUUUUGAUCUUUUUGCGAUUUAGGGGGUCUUAUAGGAGAGCAUAUAAUUUUUUUGAAACAGAUUAUGGUAACUCACACUGAAACGUUUAGUCAUUGCAAAAGGUCAGUCUUUUCUUAAAGCCCAAGUUGGGAGAGACGAGCUGGAAAGAAGUCUGGGUACUGCAAUCUUUUUUAAUCCUCUCUUUCCUUGUCAAUAGUUUUUAUUUAAAAAUUUGUAAACAGUGGUGGGUUGAAAUGUGAUUUGGCAGUAGCAUCAUUUGGUAAGUCUGGUGAAAGGGUUUUUUAUAAACUACAUCUUUAUUAUUUCUUUUAAAAGGCAUUAGUUAGAUAAUGAUCGCGACAUUUAACAAGAAAACCAUUUUUCCUCCAUAUAUGGGUGUUAUAACCAAUGUCUUCUUGUAUAUAUUUUGUGUGUGUAUAUAUAUUUUGUAUAUAUAAGAACAAAUUAACUAGAGACCAGCACUAAAACUUCCGUAAAACACUGUGUUCUGUUUAUGGAAAAUUUACAAGGCCCAACUCUUAUCCGCUUAUUAACUGGUUGCUUAUUUUAAAAGUUUCAUUGAAGUUUUAUAUUUACUGUAGAAGAUAUUUCUGUUGCUCUUACAAGCAUAAACUGAGUUACUGAUUGAUUCAUUACAAAAUUUCUGCAUCUCAUUUCGAUGAAGAUUUAUCUAAACAAACUAUCCAAUCUUAAUGCGCCAAAUCCUCUUUUGGUCAUGCUUUGUACAACGAGUUCGAUCUUGCUUUUUCUAAUGGGGUCUUGGUAGGAUGAAGAAAGGUUGUGUUGUAACAUUUGUCAUCAGACGUAUAAUCUAUGGAUGUACAGUAGAAACCCGCAUAAAAGAAUCUAGGUUUUUUUCUGACAGCCUGAAUAGGUUCUUAAUUAACAGUCUGCUAUUCUAAAUUCCAGUCUAAAAGGUUCUUAACACGGUUCUUAUAUACAGUAGAAACCCGCAUAGGUUUUUUUCUGGCAGCCUGAAUGGGUUCUUAAUUAACAGGCUGCUAUAGAAUAGAUUCCAAAUUCCAGUCUAAAA